AUGAACGACGUGGAGAAGGGCAGUCGAAACUCAAAGGACCGGUUUUCGUCGCCUAGCUACAGUACCCAUAGAAAUGAGCCUAGCUAUGAGGAGGUCACCGUGAUCCACCAGUCCAUGCCACGCCGUGUGCUGGAAAGUUUCAAACGUGAUCCAACUCUCACCGUAACCCCGAGGGGUGCUGUUGGUGCCGAUGGUCGAGUCUUUAACCCCGAAGAUGCUGCUAUUGCCACGGCAAAUUCUCCUUUGGCACGGAAACUCAAGGGGAGACACUUGCAGAUGAUUGCUAUUGGGGGGUCCAUUGGUACCGGCCUCUUCGUUGCAUCUGGCAAGGCCCUUGAGGCAGGCGGACCUGGGUCACUACUCAUCUGCUUCUCCUUCAUUGGUCUCAUGCUAUUCUGCACGAUGCAUGCUCUUGGCGAAAUGGCCGUGCUCUUCCCAGUUGCGGGAUCCUUCUCCGCCUACUCGACUCGGUUCUUAGACCCCGCGUGGGGAUUUGCUAUGGGCUGGAAUUACGCCAUGCAAUGGCUUGCCAUUCUUCCCCUCGAAAUCGUCGCAGCAUCGAUCACUAUCAACUUUUGGGACCGCCAAGGAAAAUACGACCAUGCGAUCUUCGUCUCGGUAUUUUUGGCAACCAUCAUUACUAUCAAUUUAUUUGGCGUCAGGGCUUAUGGUGAAGCGGAAUUCUUCUUUGCCCUCGUCAAAGUUGUUGCUGUUAUUGGAUAUAUUCUCCUCGGCAUAGUUCUAAAUUGCGGAGGCAAUUUAGAAAAUGGCUAUAUUGGUGGCCGCUAUUGGCAUGAUCCUGGCGCUUUUCAUAACGGCUUCAAGGGUCUCUGUAGUGUGCUUGUUAAUGCUGCCUUCGCUUUUUCUGGCACGGAGCUGGUUGGUCUUGCCGCAGCUGAAACCGCAAAUCCACGCAAGUCGCUGCCGACUGCUAUUAAGCAAGUCUUCUGGCGUAUCACCUUGUUCUACAUCCUAUCGCUGACUCUUGUUGGCUUGUUGGUGCCUUAUACGGAGCCAAGACUUCUCACCAGUGGCAGCGCAAACGCCGCCGCCUCGCCCUUCGUGAUUUCCAUCAAGAAUGCGGGUAUCGAGGUCCUUCCAUCGGUCAUGAACGUGGUCAUUUUGAUUGCGGUGCUAUCUGUUGGUAAUUCCGCUGUCUUCGGCUCAUCUCGAACACUAGCCGCUCUUGCAGAUCAGGGGCAGGCUCCUAAAAUCCUUGGGUAUAUUGAUCGCAAGGGUCGCCCCUUGGUUGCUAUUGGGGUUGCUUCUGCGAUCGGUUUUGUUGCUUUCGCAGCGGAUUCGGGAGCAUCGGGAACUGUGCUUGAUUGGAUGAUGGCUCUUUCUGGUCUUUCUUCAAUUUUCACCUGGGGAUCUAUCUGCCUUGCCCAUAUACGAUUUCGGCGAGCAUGGAAGUCACAAGGCCAUAGCCUGGAUGAGUUAGCCUUCCGGUCUCAGCCCGGGGUGAUCGGGUCUUGGAUUGGCUUCCUAAUUAAUGCCUUUAUCCUAGCAGCUCAAUUUUGGGUCGGGGCAUGGCCAGUGGGCUACGGAGAAUUAGGGGCAGUAGGACAAGCACGGCACUUCUUCUUGUUCUAUCUCGCGGCACCCGUCGUUAUUGUCUUCUAUCUUGCGUACAAGAUUUGGUUUAGAACGCCGAUCAUGCGUUGCAAAAAUAUGGACCUUCGGACCGGCAUGCGGGAGUUGAAUCUCCCCUCGCUCAUUGCAGAGGAGCGGGCAGAGCGCGCGGCUUGGCCUAGGUGGAAGAGAGCGUAUAAGAAGGUUUGCUAA